AUGGACUAUGGAGUACAAGUAACGGGUUUGACUUUUGUCGUUUCCAAGCCUUGGUAGACAUUAAUUAAAAGAUGUUUUUAUUUCAAAUUUAUGUUAUUAAGUCACCAACACGAUCCAAUGCCAUCUUUACAUUGUGACGAGCGAAACCUAUAAGUCAAAACCCGAAAACCGGCAAUUUUAGGUCUUCAAACCUUCCUUUGCCCGCGUUUCCCCCUAAAACUCAAAAAAGAAAGGAAAACAAAGCAGUAAGCGCAGUGUACUAGAACCCACCUUCUUUAAUCAACAAUGGCGGAAGACCCAUCUCCGCCAUCACCAGAACUCACCGAAGAGUUAAAGCAAAGGAUCGAAACCAAUCGUUUACGUGCCUUGUCGCUUUUAGCCAAGCGCCAAGCAUCCUCAAUAACAAACCCUCAACACCCAAUUGAUUACUGGAAAUCAUUCAAAUCACGGAAAGUAAUUGACCCGUCAACCAAUUUAUCCGUUCCCUCCAAAAAUGAACCUGUUUCUCCGCCUUUGAAGUUUCGGGUUCGACUCGAAAUCUGUUCUCCUGAUUCUUUCUCCAUUAAUCCUAGCCUAGUUCAAGGGUUUCGCUUUCCGGGUCAAGAUGAUUGCUUUCAAAUUAUAGAGGCUUGUCUUUCAAAUGUUAUUUCGACACAUUAUACACAAAUCCAUGGUGGUGGGAAGGCGUCUGUUUAUAAGCUUACAUAUUACGAUGCAGUUCUUAAAUGCUUAAAGAACUGCAUUGACAUUGAAGAAGUUGAAGAAAUACCAUGGACAACUUAUAAUGUGAUGAUGAAACUUUCUCACUCCCUCAUGCCUGGAAAAUGGACACCGUGUAGGCCUGAGCAUUUGUCUGAUGAGAAGGUUGAGGAACUGAUAAAGAAGCUGCCAAGAAAAUUGUUGGAUACUCUCUUGCCUUUUCAGCUUGAUGGACUAAAAUUUGGAUUGCAAAGGGGGGGUCGGUGUCUUAUUGCUGAUGAAAUGGGGCUUGGCAAGACCCUUCAGGCCAUUGCCAUUGCAAGCUGCUUUGCCAAUGAAGGCUUAAUACUUGUUGUUUGCCCUGCUAUUUUGCGCUAUGCAUGGGCUGAAGAAUUGGAGCGUUGGCUUCCUUCUUAUUUGCCAGCUGAUAUCCAUCUCGUAUUUGGUUAUAAAGACAAUCCUGUGCAUUUGAAGAGACGUCCAAAAGUUGUUGUCAUUUCUUAUACUAUGCUUAAACGCUUGCGAGACAGUAUAAUGAAAUGGGAAUGGAGUGUCAUGAUAGUCGAUGAAUCACAUCAUAUACGAUGUUCAAAGAAGAAAUCAGAGCCUGGAGAGAUACAAGCUGUUCUCGAUGUGGCAUCUGAGGCUAAACGCAUAAUUCUGCUGUCAGGAACACCAUCUUUGUCAAGGCCAUUUGAUAUUUAUCAUCAGAUAAAUAUGUUAUGGCCUGGCCUGCUGGGUAAGGACAAGUAUGAGUAUGCAAAUACUUAUUGUUCUGCAAAACUUAUCAACAAUCAUAAAGGAAAGGCAUUCAUGGAUGUUUCAAGGGGCACCCGUUUGGAGGAGCUGAAUGUUUUACUUAGACAAACUGUCAUGAUACGUCGUUUGAAGGAGCAUUUGCUAGUGCAGUUACCGCCUAAACGUAGACAAAUUAUAAGCUUAUCUUUAAAAAAAGCAGACAUUGUUAUUGCAAAGAAUGUUGUGGCAAAUCUGGGAGAGUCACAUACUAAUCAUGCUGGUAAAGAUGGUGAUAACGACACUGGAGGGCAUGACCGAGAGCUCUCUGAUCAAGUGCUUGGUAUUUCUAAGGUGCUUGGAUUUUUUGAGUGGCUUUCCCUUCACCCUAUUGUUACCGAAGCAGGUGACUCAAAUAAUACCGAGCUGGAUGCGAGUUCUCACAAAAUGAUAAUAUUUGCUCACCAUCUCAAGGUCCUAGAUAAAUUACAGGCGUUCCUUUGUAACAAAGGCAUUGGUUUUGUACGCAUUGAUGGUAAUAUACUUGAUUGCGACAGGCAAAAUGCUGUGAGGUCAUUUCAGUCAUCAAAAGAGGUCAAGAUUGCCAUCAUCGGAAUUACAGUUGGCUAUGCAGGACUGGAUCUUUCAGUGGCUCGUAAUGUGGUAUUUCUGGAGCUACCCAAAGACCCAACUUCCUUGCAGCAGGCUGAGGAUAGAGCGCAUAGAAGAGGACAAACCAAUGCAGUCAACAUUUACAUAUUUUGUGCAAAGGAUACAUCUGAUGAAUCACGCUGGCGAAAGUUGAAUAGGAGCAUUCAACGUGUUUCAUCUGCAAUUGAUGGGAAGUAUGAUGCAAUAAGAGAGAUUGCGGUUGAUAAUGUAUCAUGUAUCAGAAACAUGAAUUUAUUUCAAAGUGUGAAUUCAAGUUAUGCUGCUCCAUCUAUUGAGAAGUGUCCAACAGAUGAAAACGUACAGCAGAAUGGAGCAGAGUAUGAUGAUGAUGAUGUUAAGACAGAUGAAACGGUUAAAGUGACACAGGAGUUAACUAAAGAGAAUGAUUGUUUGGCUAUAAGUCAGAGCUUUGUCCAAGUAAAUAUGGAUUCACUGCGCUUUGCGGUGAGUCAGUAUACUGGAAGAGUCCACUUGUGCAUUUGUGAUCUUGCAGAAGAUUCAGCACCUAGAUCAUUAUCUGAAAAUUUCCGGAUAGAGGAAAUCUCUGCUGAUCCCAGCGAGUGGACUUCUGUCUUCAUCAAGGAGAAUCCUACUUGCCAGCUUGCUAUUGUGAGCUUCAUAAAUGAGUGGAAGAACCUGAAACACAUUGAAAAGAAGAAGUUGUUUGGAAAGCCUUUGCAGUUACCUUUAGCCAUUGAACUAUUGCGUCUCAGUGAAAGCAACAACCACGAUAGAAAUGGACUUUUGAAAGGAGGAAGCAAGAGAAGGCAUACACCAUUAUUUGAAAUAAGUUGCCCUCAAUCUAAUGCAUUAUUUAAGCAAGUUUGUCUCCUUGAUGGUAGAAAGAAGAAGACAUUGCACUUACAGUAUUGGACACUAAUGGAUGAACCCUUGUGCAAAUUCUGCCAAAACCCUUGCCAAGGUAUUUUUUCCAAGAAGCCCAAGGGUUUUUUCGAUCUUUUCUGUUCAAAUGUCUGUUAUGAUAAGUAUCGCUCAAUGACUAGUGGCAGAUACCUUCGUCAGGAGCUAUUUCAAAUUGAACGUGGUGUCUGUACAAAUUGUGAGCUCGACUGCCACAAACUUGUGCAGCACUUAUUACCAUUAGCAGUGGAAGAUAGAGAGAAGUAUAUCGAGCGUGAGGCGCCACAAUUGACUAAGCACAGAAAAUUGCUUGACAAACUUGUUCGUGAACCAACUGAAGGUAAUGCCUGGCAUGCAGAUCACAUAAUUGCUGUGUUCAUGGGAGGAGGUGAGUGCACAUUAGAAAACAUGAGGACCCUAUGUGUGGCAUGUCAUGCUGCUGUUACUGCAGCCCAACGUACCCAACGAUGUAUGGAAAAUAAGCUAUAUAGGAAGGCAUUGGCCAGUUUCAGAAGAAGUAAUAAAAAGAAGACACUGCGUAAGAACCAAAGUUCUGCAAUGGAAGAGAAAUUAGACGAUGACAGUGAGUUACUGAUAGAUGUACCUGGCAGCAAUUAUUCUAAAGAAUCUGUAGAGAAGAAAGAUGUACCUGGCAGCAAUUAUUCUAAAGAAUCUGUAGAGAAGAAAUAUAUUAUACCUGGCAGCAAUUAUUCUGAAGAAUCUGAAGAGAAGAAAGAUAUAAUACCUGGCAGCAAUUAUUCUGAAGAAAAGAAAGAUAUAAUACCUGGCAGCAAUUUUUCUGAAGAAUCUGAAGACAAGAAAGACGAUAGCAGCCUGAAACAACCAUUGAUUGCCGACUUCUCCAAAUUUAGCUUCACUGGUACCUGUUGAGUCUAUCUUAGCAUGCAACAGUGAAAUUCAAGGCACUAAGUUUGAGCAUACUGAUGUUUUUUGGAGCAGCUUUUUGAAGGAGUUUUGUAGGAGAUUGUAUGCAGUAGGUCUUGUGCGUAUUAUGAUUUUGCUGUAAUAUUGUUUAGUCUAGGAUACAUGUAAUCAAUUGUCAGGUAGUACAGGAAAUUUAAUGUAUGAAUGAAGUGUAUCUUAUUGCAAUUGUUGCAUGAAAAUUUCAAUAUAUUAAUUAUAAAUUUCAAUUCUAAAAUGCUUGA